UACGAGGCCAUUUGCGGAUGUUUAUUUCGAAGUUCUGUUAGAGUUCAGUCACCGCGUUCACCUUCGCCGGAGCUUUGUAUCGAAAUCCUCACACCUUCGCGGUCCGCACGCGCAUUGGUGAUCAACAGUCGACACGAUGGCCUACAGAUCUAGUCGAGGUGGUUUUGCCAACACAAGAGGAGGAAAUCGUGGGACUUCUUACAAUUCAAAUUAUGGCAGUCCAAGAGGUAGUCGUGGUGGAAAUAACUACAACGACAGUUAUAGAAGCCGAGGUAAUAGUUCAUUUCGUGGGUCUCGAGGGGGUAUCCGAGGAAACAGUGGAUCUUGGUCCAGUAAUUCACCAUCAACUGGUGGUUAUAGCAGCAUGAAUCGCAACACAGGAUCUAACUGGUCAUCUCAAGGAGACUCAAAUUAUGAAUCGAGAAAUCGCUAUUCUGGUAAUAAUGAUCGAUAUUCAAGUAGUCAUAAUGAUGACUAUAGGCGGUAUAAAGAGGGUGGAAGAAGUCACAGAGACUCAGACAUGGGUGGAUAUUCAAGCUCCGGUGACGACUUUGGCCGUUAUAGUAGUGGUGGUGGUGGUGGUGGCAGCAGUUAUGUAGAAGAACGUAGUAGCAGAUCAUCCUAUGCUCCUGAUAAUAACUAUGGAGGAAGUAGCAGUUACAGAGGCCGUGAGAGUUCACGUGACUAUGGUUCAGAUUUCCGUAAGCCAUUGCCUCCUGAUGAUGAUCGUUCUUCACCACCUUCCCCAAGAUAUUCUGGCCCAUCAAAUAGAGGCAGGGGUACUAGAGGAUUCCGUGUUGCUGAAAGACCUGGUAUGAGGGGUAGGUCUACUGCCAAUGUGUCUUAUAGAGGAUCAUUUGGAGGUAGUGCAGGACUAAUCAAACGCAAACGACUUGAACCUACACCAGGUUGGCGCACAAAUCCCAUUCGUAAAGGAUAUGAUAUGGCCAAUAGAAGAAUACAUACAGUCAAAAGAACUAGUAUGCGAGAUCAUGAUGACUAUCGUGCAAGAAAAAUUGCAGAAUUCAGGGAAAAAACUCGUCAACUUCGUGAACGUGUAAGGUCUCCGUCAGUAGAUGAAGAAGAAGUAGAAGAGGAAGUUGAAGAAGAAGUAGAGGAAGAAGAAUCGGCCAAUGAUGAAGAUUGUGAAAGGCCUGAGGAUGAUGGUGAAAAAAAAGAUAAAUCACCUAAAAAGAAAAAGAAAGUUAUUAAAAAAGUGAUGAAAAUUGUUAAGAAAAAGGUAAAAAAACAAAAACUAAAUGGCGAUGUAUCUAAAUCUGGUUCUGGAGAUAAAACUUCACCUCGAAAAAUUGAAAACAAUUUGCUAGAUUCUAGAGGAGAGCCGUUUAUUAAACUAUUGUGUCCUCAUUGCGAAGUAACCUGCAAGACAUUUAGAGAAUAUGAGAUACAUUUAUUAAAAAUACGUCAUCGCACAGCCAUGUCUCAAUUAGCCCGUAAACGUAAGCAUGAAUUAUUCAUGUUUCGUCAGGACCAGCGUAAGGAACAAAAAGAGAUUGAUGAUAAAGCAACUGAGGAAGAUCCAAAAACUGAGAUUAACUAUUGCAAAUUAUGCCAAUUGAAUUUCAAACAACCAAAAAGUGAUCACUUCAGUAGCAUUUUGCACAAGAAAAUUAAACAAUUUCUACAACCCGCUUGUAAUGUGUGUCAUUUGAUGUUUGCAUCGCCAAUGCGUUAUGAGCAUCAUUUGUGUAGCACCAACCAUUUAAAGAAAGUUGAUAUUUAUGAUCGUCGAACUAAACGAAUGGCUGCUGUUCCGAGUGCAGAUGAAGCUGAUGGCGAUGUGGAUAUGGACAAUUUUAUGGUUUUGGAUUCGGUUGGAUCUGGGGAUGGUUAGUCAUCAUAAACUUUCAAAAAUGAACUGAAAACAAAUUAAAAAAUGAAUAGUAAUUAAUUUGUAUCUUUAGAUGAAGAUCAGAAGAAUGUGAAAAUGCUCAAGAUAGUAAAAAUGAUGGAAAAAGAAUCUAAGUCUAAAAAAAGAAAUAAGUUUAGGUAAAGAGUUUUGUAAAAAAGUUGAAGUAUAUUACUGUGAAUUGUGUAAGUUCAAUUUACCCCCACAUGAUGAUGUUGAACAGCAGUUGAAUUUGCAUUGUCGUAACCGUGUACAUUUACAACGUUAUGUGCAACAUUGUGAUAAAAAUAAAUCUCAAGAAAAGACUGCCGAAGUGGUUAGCAAGGAAUGUACUGAUGAAA